GGUGUAGCAUCACUUUAUGGUUAAGACACAGAUGAAGACACGACACAUUCACCGAGCAGAAAAGGGACAGUAACAGAACAGGAGCUUUAAUAUCUUUCUGAAGUGGAGUUGGUAUAGAGAUCUGUAAGAGUGAACUCAGGAUGAAGAUCCUCCUCAUCUUCACCUUCUGUCUGAUCUCAGAUGGAGGAGCCUCAAAGGAAGUAACAGGAUAUUCAGGAGGAGGAAUCCUUAUCAAGUGCAAGUAUGAUACAGAAUACAAAGAUAAUCAAAAAUAUUUCUGUAAGGGUUCAUGGUCAGUCUGUUCUGACCAAAUAAAGACAGGAGAUAAAAACCAGUGGGUAAAUUCUGGAAGAUUCUCACUGUUUGAUGACACCAAUUCAUCAGAGUUCUGGGUGAUGAUCAGAGAGCUCACUGUACAGGACACUGGGACGUACCAGUGUGGAGUUGAUAGAACUUCAGUGAUAGACAUUUACACACCGGUGGAACUGAAGGUAAAGGAAGGGUCCUUGGUCUCUAGAGAAGUGACUGCAUAUGCAGGGGGAAGAAUUAACAUCAAAUACAGAUAUGAGGAUGAAUAUAAAGACAAAUCAAAAUCAUUCUGUAAGAUCGGAACACAUCAGUGGUGUUUUAAUCAAAAACAAACAAAACUGAACAGUGAAUGGUCACAUGAUGGCAAAUUCUCAAUUCAUGACAACAGAACUGCAGGAUUCUUCAGUGUGUUUAUCAGAGAGCUGAUUAUAGAGGACACAGGAAUAUACGCGUGUGGUGGUGUUGUGUCUGAUAAUCUGGCGGUCUACACUGUAGUGACACUGAAUGUAACAGAAGGUGAGGAGCAUUAAUUAUGUGUUUUAAGCAGAAGAAACAUGUGGUCAUAUUUCUAUGCAAAUAUACUGUAGAACUGUGUAUGAGUUGUUUAUCGGAGCUAGGACACAAAUACACAUGUAAACUGAUCUGUUUGG